AUGCAGCCAGGCAGUAGAGGUCAAAAGCCUAAGGUCCUCCGACGGCGACGCAUCCCUGGGACGCGGGCUCAUCAAGCAUGUCUCUAUUGCAAGGACAAGAAGCUCAAGUGCGAUGAUCAGGUGCCUGCUUGUAGCCCCUGUAAGAAACUAGGGAUUGAAUGCCUCGUUCAGGACCCCCUUACCAAGAGACCGCGAGCCCGAAACUAUCUAGCACAGCUAGAAGGCCGUGUCGCCAACCUCGAAAGCGGCGGACAGUCUUCGCGUUCUCCCCCCUCGCCUUUGCUUACUGUGGAGAGCUAUGUCGAUGAGAGCACACCUUCAUACAGCCGAACGCCAGACCAAGUGCAGAAGGCAAGCGAUCUGUCUUCCAGUAUCGGAGCACUAGAAUGCCGCACUACCCAUGUCGAGCCUCAAUACCUGGGCUCCUCUUCUGCCUUCGCAUUUUCCCGCCUGAUUAACCUGUCCCUCACGCGAGACCUGCCCAUAACGCCAACGUUCAUCAACGUCGCAGAUGGAAGUACGUCACCACCCUCGCCAGGGCUUCUGCCAGAGUACGAUACUGCCGUAAAGUUGAGCGAUGCAUACUUUAAGCACAUGCAUCCUCAGUAUCCGUUUCUGCACGAACCGACAUUCAGACGUUGGGAGAACGAGCUCUACACUUCAUCUCGGAGUUCCACAGAGAUUGGCUACUACUCUACUUCGUUGUUCUUUCUGAACAUGGUGUACGCUAUUUCUGCUCUUCUAACACCUAGUACACAGGCGUUGGCCGAGCAACUCUACAUGUCCGCACAAUUGUACACCGAUGCUUUGUCCAACAACAAUCUAGAGUCCAUUCAGGCUCUACUAUGCUACGCCAUGUACUCUAUGCGGUCUCCAACUGGCCCCUCACUAUGGAAACUGACCGGAUUAGCGAUCCGUCAGUGCAUUGAGCUUGGAUACCAUCGCAGUACCAAACGAUAUUUAUUCAAAAAUGCAAACCCUUGGCAAAAUGAAAUGCGGAAAAGAGUGUUCUGGGUCGCCCAUGGUAUGGACUGCAUGAUUGCCAUGCGCCUAGGUCGGCCAUUAGGAAUUCCACUUCAGGAGAUUGACGCAGAGUUACCCAUGAAUGUUGAUGAUGCCUCUGUUACUGAAAGAGGAAUCUUUGACUCUACGAUAAGUGACGACAACGCAUCUGAGCAGAGAAUGACGACAACCUCUACUGCCAUCCACGUCUUCAAGCUCCGUUGCAUCUGGGCUCGGAUACACACCUCUUUCUUUUCCGACACUGCACGUCUGAGCGUGGAUGAUAUGACUUAUACCAGUCGAAUACAACAACUGCGUGCUGACUUGGAUGAGUGGCUAGCGACAACACCGCCUUCACGGGAAUUUUCGAGCAGCGAUCUGACAAUGUUUCUGAAGCAAGACUGGUAUGAGUUGAACUACAGUUAUACACUCAUUCUGCUCUAUCGGAAUCAGUUGGCCGAGUUCAAAGACUCAUCCAGUCAGAUCUUCCAGGAUUGCCUGCAGGCUGCCAGAACCAUAUGCCAAGGGUACCGCCGUCUCUAUAUAGGAACAUCCAUCAGAUACACCUGGAGCACUCUGCAUGUCAUAUUCCUGGCUGGUCUGGUCUACCUACACUGUCUGUGGACAUCACCCACUGCUCGGACGGCUAUUCGACCCGAGGAGAUCACCAAGACGUGUACGGAUUGCACCAUGGUUCUUGUAGCGAUAGCUGAAGGAUGGCAAGGGGCCUCACCAUAUCGUGAUGCGUUUGAAGCGCUCGCUAGCCGCACCAUCGGCAUGAUCAUGAACAGCAACUUCCCAGCCGCGUCCCCGCCACAGUGGCAGGUUCCUCCAGAUUUCGGGGGCCAUGACAGCUGGGCAUUCAAUCUCAAUGACCUCAUUGAGACUGGAGGGUUGGAUGGGUUGGAUGGGCUCUUGGAGGGCUUUAUUGUCGAUUUCACGCAACCGGAUGUUUAUUGA